AUGAUAGAAUUCCUAAAAUUCAAACGAAAUGUCAUUUAUGAUUUUGAUCGAAUUUUCAGACAACAAAGGGUUUCAUUCUAAUAAGAUUUUACAAAAAUGGCAAAAUAACUGAUCGAAGAAAACUAAAAGUCUAUCAUUGAUAAAAUAAAUAAUCUUCUUAAUGAAAAGGAAAAAUAAAUCAAACAUAUAAAUUAAUAUGAAUUUCAGAGAGAAAGAUAAAAUUAAUAAAGAGACUACAUUGAAUAAUAAAUAUCAUUUACAAGAAAGGAAGUUUUUAUUACAUUAUUAAUGAUGUAUACAAAUUCUAUUGAAUGCAAGCUAUAGAACAAAAUUUAAUAACAUGGAUUUAAUUAAAUUAAUAUGGAAUUAAUAAAAUAAGGAGCUACAAUAUAAUCUCAAGAAAAGCUUAAAUGUAUUCAUUCAUAUUUUAUUAAUUUUUACAAAAACUUUUUGAAAACAAAUGAAAGUGAAAACUUUUAUAAGCCAAAUGAAAAUGAUAUGGAAAUUAAAUAAAUUGAGAACUAAAUAGAAAUGUUAUAAAGAUAAAUAAACUAAUUACAAAUCUAAAAGUAAUCCAUAGAAGAAAAGAGAUAAAAUUAGGCUAAAGGAAAUUAAAUUAAUGAAUUAACACAAAUAAUAGAAUUUAUUAGAAGAACUGAAUUGAGAAGUUAUGGUGAAAUAUUUAAAGAAUAUUAAAAUAAGAUAAGUUAAUUUGAAUCACAUACAGGGAGAUGUGAAGAUAAAGUAAAUUCAAUUUUAGUAAAUUUUGCUGAUAGAAAUGUAGGUGGUUUGAGUUUAGAUGAGAGAAAUAUAGCUUAGGAAGAAGUAUAAAUUUGAUUUAAUUUAGAUUUUAAUGUUAACACAUCCAGAAGCUAUAAUAAGCAUGUUAUUGUUUAAGCAUCCUAUGGAAGAUAAUGAAGCUAUUUUGAUUAAAAAUGUGAUAAGAUUUAAUGAUUAUGAUGGAUAUGAAUCAACUUUCAGAUGGAAAGAUGAACAAUAUAUUAAUCCAUAUCAAGAAAAAUUUAAUAUAGAUAGAACUGAUAAUAGAUUGAAACAAGAUAAUUUAUAAUCCGAAAUUUAUGAGAAAAAAUUAAUUAAAAAUCAUAUUUUAGUAUUAUAUUAUAAUAAAUUAGUGUAUGGAUGCAAAAUGUUAUCGUGAUUGGAUGACACAAUUUGAAUUAAUAAAUAUAAAAAGAGAAUUGCUUAAAAGUUAUGUUGCAUUUUCUUUAGCCCUUUAUUACACCAAAAAUGAAGUUAUUUCUACUGGAAAAUGGGGUUGUGGUAUUUUUAAUGGAGAUUCUCAUUUAAAAUUUUAUAUCUAAUUAUUAGCAUUUUCCAAAGCGCUUUAAAACAAUAAUAGAACAAUAACCUUCAGUUCAUUCAAUGAUUUAGACUUACAAAAAUUCAUAUAGCAAGAAAAAGAUUAUUUAUCUCGUUCUUCUUAAAAUAAGAUAGAAUAUCUAAAAAAUAGAAUUGAAUUAAAGUAGUAAUAAUUGUUAGGCAAUUACAGAAAUUCUUGA